AUGGACACAUUAUCUUCUGUACAGAAUACUGGAUAUUCCCAAGGUUUAUUACAUCAACCUGAUACUCAGGGACGUCAGACCCAUAUAUCUACUCAUAAUAAUUCACCAAAUCUACCACUCAGGAUAAAAAGCCCAGAUAGUUCGAAGACUCAGAGGACAUCUCAGUCACUUAGGUCUAGUCCUAUGCUUAAUUCACCUGUGUUCCAAUAUCCAGCUCCUAACAACUCACAGAGAUUUUCUCCUCCUCCACACCCACCUCCUAGACGUUUAAGUGGUUCUAGCGAACAAACAAGACAUAAUAAACCUUUGACACAAAGCCAUCAAUUGCCGAGUGGAUUUGAUUUACCAACAAUAUCUGCUGUAGCUAGAGCAGCCAGUAUGUUAUCCCCUUCUCAACUUGAAGCUGCAGCUGUAUUACUUUCCCAGUGGGAUAAUGUUAACCAAUUAGCAUUAUUAGCUAAUAAUUCCUCGUAUAGAAAUAUAUGCAACAUUGUUGAUUCUUCUGGUAAUAAACAACCGGUCAGUUCAAGUCAUAGUUUUUCUCCACCGGUUUCUUCUGAACCAAAUCCUGUUACUAGUGGUGGUUACAUUGAGAAUCAUGUCCACAUCACAAAUAGAAACGGGACUGGAACCGAUUGUAAAUCACGAAGAGUUAAUGAUUUGUCAUUGACCAAUACUAGGACAAUCCCAUCCGUUUCAACAGGAACAAUGUCUGAUAUAAGACAUCCUAGUAUGAAAAAUAGUAUUUCUUUAACAAGAUCAAUGGAUCAGUUGACAAAUCGUUUGAAUUCACGUUCUUCAACUCCUGGAAAUGAACCGAUGAACAAAUACGAUCAUAUGUGUUGUCCACCUUGGUCAAAAACUGAUCAAAGGACUUACUCAACAGAUUCUUCCCAUUCUUAUAAAUUACAAGCUAGUCCAUAUGAUCAUACAGUUGAAUUAGCCGAUUCAAGACUGGCCAUACUACACGAUGCAAAAUUAGCAUCUUUAAGUGUAGAUUGGCCUUCUUGUACAAUGACUCAAAAUAUACCUAUGAGUAAAGCAAAUCGAAUUAGAUCUUCAAGUUCUUUCUCGUCACCAGUAUGCUUGGUAUCGACUUCUCUUUCCAAUAUAACUUCUGAAUCUUCAUUUUCUACAAACCAAUCACAUACCAAAGCAGCAACAACCAGUUCAUCCUCGUCGUUAUCAUCUGUUUCAUUUGUUACUUCUGAAUCUCUUGUUAGAAGUCCAACUUCCGGUCAUUGUAGUCCUAAUAUUCCCGUGAAUUGCAAUCCGAAAGGACCCACCCUACAGACUGAAUCGCCCAUAUCAUCUUGUCAGACAAUCAAAUCUUCAUCUCCAAAUGCCGGAAUAACUAGAAUUCUCAACUCUAGCCAGUCGCAAUUCUCAGCGCUUUCUGGAGGAAAAUCUCCAACUAUUUAUUCUUUAUGUGGACAAUUUUUAUCUACGAAUACAAAUUCAACUAAUCAUAAUGAUACCAUUGAAUUGUCUCAUAACGUAGAAAGUAAUCGAAUUAGUAACUGCCUAGGGAAGCGGUCUAUGCUACCUGAACAAUAUAAACGACAUCCCUUAGUAGGUACACCAAGUGUAAUGCCAACUUUGUUGCCUCAACCUAAACAAGAGUAUACACGAACAAAGUUUUCUGUUGUUACUAAUAUAUCAGAUCAUCGAUCGCAAAACACUUCAAUGCCAUUGAAAAAACGACUUAUUCAACGUUAUGAAGCUGAUCGUGUAGAUAUGAAACCAUCGGAGUUAUCAACAUGUAACCUUGUUAAGACUGAACUACCUAUGAAUAAUUCUCAACCUCAUAAUAGAUCAACUAAUGCAGAUGAUUUAAAAAACAAUCAAUAUUCGCCUGAAAGCUGGAUCGCAAUGAAAGAUAAUAUAGAAAAAUUAGAUUGUCAAGAGAGAAAAUUUAAACGAAAAAAACGUACUAAAUAUGAAACAGAUGAAAUGUUAAGCCUAAACACAAAUAAAAAUAAGCCAACUAAAAUCCGUACAAAAUCUUCAUUAAGUUCUUUAAGAAAAUCUAAUUCAAAAAGUACACGUCGAUUAAAACAUUCAUUGAAUGAUGAUGUAGAAUCGAAAUUGAGUAUGAAUGAACAAUUGUCAACGAUGAAAUUAGAAUUCGAUGAUAUCACUAAUGACGAUGAAGAUGAUGAUGUCAUUGUUAAUGAUAAUAAUGAUGAAGUAAGAGAAGAGCAAGAGAAAAACAAUGAUGAUGAUAAUGAGGUCGAUGAUGAAAGAAUUAAACCGACAGUUAGAAGACGACGUUCAAGAAAGCAUAGCUCAAGUGCAAACAGUACAUCAAGUUUAUCACAUACAUCAUUAUGUAGUGAUUUAAUUAGAGGUAAUGUAAAAAAACGUAUAGCUGCUGUUAAUGGUAAUCUUAUGAUGAUGGUUACGGCACACGCUCAAAGAAGCACUAGUUCAGGUAGUAAUAACAGUAAUAGUAGUAGUUCUUCUAGUUUACAAAGUGUUGACGGUGAAGUCAGUGAUGAUGAUAAUGAUGUAUGUUUGAAUUCUUCAUCAAACUCAUCUGUUAAUACUACGCGUUCAAAAUGUUCCACUGAUGGUCACUUACCUUAUUCAAGACUACAAUCAUAUAAAUCUACUUUAAAAUAUUUAACAAUAAAUUCUAAUACCAUCACUAAUAAUAAUAGUCAAUCAUUAAAUUCAAGUGAUGGAUCACCUGGUAUUACACAUUCAUCCAUGGAUAGUGAACAGAGUAUCUAUGGUGUUGGUAAUGGUGAUAAUUUAAGAAAACCGAAAAGAACAGCUACUUUAACUGUAUCAUCUGGUAGUACAACUGGACCGACAAUUAUAACAGCAAAAAAGCCUCGUCUGUCAUCUGCAUCAUCGUUAACAACCACGAAGACAACGAUGAUGACAACAACAGGAAAACCAAUAAAAACGUCAUCGAAACAACAUCGACGUGGUGAUAACGGCAAGUCAAAAACUACCAUUCAUAAAGAGGACGGUAAUGAUUCAACAGUAUGUAUGAAAUUUAAGACAGAUUUAUUAGAUCAAGAUAGUUGUACAUUGAUGUAUGAAAAUUCUACGCCAGAUGAAUUGUCAGCUGCUUUAGCUGAAGAAAAUUUGCAAGUUGAAGAACUGGUUGAACAACUUCCUGGACCACCUGAUUUGAAUCGAACAGCCAAUAAAUCACUACACUCUUCACAUUCAUUAAAUUUUUAUAAGCGAAGUCAACGUGUUUUUGUUCAACUUAUAAAUUGUAAUGAUCCAGGAUUGAAACAAGUUCCGAAAUGUCGUGCUUGUCGUCAAACGAAAUUUUCCUACCAUAAUUCACCUUUAAUUCAUACAAACGGACAAAUCGAUUCAGAUGAUGAUGAUGUUGAUGAAGAGAAUCCGAAACUUAUAAUCAGUGAUGUCCCUAGUCCAACCAAUAAUCAAAAUUUUUCGAAUGGAUUGACUAAAGAUAUUCAAUUUAAAAAACCACCUGGUCGAAGAACUACUUUGGCUAAAAAUACCCGUAAAGAAAGUAUCACUGAUAAAUCGAAAAAUAAACGAAAUGCUACACAUCCAUCAAUGUCAGUAUUCUGUCGUUUUUGGGGAUUUAGAAAAUUAUGUUAUAAUAAUAGAGGUGUAUUGAAAAUAGCUGAUUUUUGUCGAUCCACUGAAUCCGAUGCUUUAGAACGUUCAUUAUGGGAAAUGUAUCAUCCAGUUUCACCAUUUUUAAGCACAUGCGCUGCUAAAUACAUUUUGGAAUGUGCUGGUGGCCUAUUCUGUCGUCUUCUUCAUCAAGAAUUAACAAGUUUGAAUAAUAAUCAUGCUCAUCAAAGUCAAAAUGAAAAAAUCAACUCAUUAACUGGCAAAAACAGAAUUAGUGGUCAUACAAUGGAAUCAAAUAACAAAAAUGAUGGCAUUAUUAAUUCAGUUGCAUGGAAAAGGCCAGUAAAAGGUGUACGUGAAAUGUGUGAUGUCUGUGAAACAACAAUGUUCAAUACACACUGGGUUUGUGGUAAAUGUGGUUAUUCAGUGUGUACAGAUUGUUUGAACGAAUCGAAACCAUUCAGUUCUGUAAGUGACAGCAAUUCGGAUACACGUGAUCAUGUGAAAUUCAAUGAAAAUAGUACAGUGGAGAAAAAAGGCAAAUUAAAAUACUUAAGAGGUCGUGGUUGCCCAUAUGGUUGGGCAUCGUGUACUACUACGCGUCAACCUCAUGAUCCAAACAAGCUGUUAUUAACUUCUCUGUUACCGUCUGGUAUUAUUGGUCGAUUACUUCAUCGAUUGCAUCGCAUAGCGAACUAUUAUAAAAUUAAUUUAGGCUGUAAUUGCUCUCCUUCUUCAACAGUGGGUAAUGAUGCAACAGAUUCAUCAAAUGAUACAUUAUUAUUCAUGAAACCAAUGAAAUCAUUGAAUAAUCGUGAAUGUUUAGAUCGUAAUUCUCUUGAUUUACUAGCUGAUAUUGCUUUGAAAACUGAUAUGGGGAACACUGGACCACUUACUGCUGGUAAUAGUAAUAACAGUAGUAACGGUAUUGUAGAUAAUGUUGUUGUGGAAACAGAAUUUAAUGCUUCACGUAAUAAUCCUUCUUCUAUAACAACAGAUAAUGGGAUCAGUUUAUCAGACAAUAACAAUAAUAACAAACGUAUGAUGAUAAUGAUGGAUUUUCCAUCUCAUAGUUGGAUUCAUUCCAAACGAAGGCACAUUAAUCAAAGGUCCUGUUGUCAAAAAAUGAAUGAUUCAACUAACAUCACUAAUACAAGUACUAUCACUGUUAAACAUAAAACGAAGCAUAAUGAUAAUCAUGGAUUUGAUUUUCACAGAGAAUCAAAUUUGAAAAUUUAUCAACCUUCAGAAAUAAUCAAUCGUCAUCAUCAUCACAAUCCCGUUUUCUUACGUUUACAUUGUCCUGAUUCCAUUGGAAAUUUAUUGGCGUUCCAAUCCGAAUGGAGACGUAAUCAUCCGCUUGUUAUAUCUGGAUGUCAACGUAAAUUUACCCAAGAAUUAUGGACUCCACAAAGUUUUUCAAAUGAUUUUGGUGAUAUGAAAACUACAUUAAUUGAUUGUGCCACGGGUGCUGAAAUAACACGUUAUACGUUAAAGUCAUUUUGGGAUGGUUUCGAAAAACGUGAACGUCGAAUCACUAGUAAAGAUGGUCGUCCACUUUGUUUAAAGCUGAAAGAUUGGCCAACUACAGAUGAUUUUGCUGAAUUACAACCGAAACGUUUCAAUGAUCUAAUGUUAAAUCUACCAAUGCCAAAUUAUACACAACGUGAUGGACAAUUGAAUUUAGCUGCUAGAUUAUCAUCAUUUUUCGUAUGUCCCGAUCUAGGUCCAAAAUUAUAUGUGGCUUAUGGAACAGUCGGUUCUUGUUCUAUUAGUACAACAAAUUUGCACGUAGAUAUAGCUGAUGCCGUAAAUGUUAUGUUGUAUGUGGGACAACCGACAGAUUCAUUGAAUGAAAUGUUAACUAAUGCUGAAUCAAUUGUGAACACAUUAACAAGUGCACAUAUUGAUGAUAAUUAUUUAGAAAGAGUUUUAAAUUGGUUGAAUAAAAUUAAAUCACACCAAACUGAUGCACAUGCUAAUGACAAUAAUAAUAAUACUAACAGUAACAAUAUUACUACUACUACUACUACUACUACUACUACUACUACUCCCACUACUUUUAUUUCUACUACUCAUGAAACUAACUCUGAAGAUAUCCCAGGAGCAUUAUGGCAUAUAUUUCUACCGGAAGAUUCAAAUGGUUUAAGAGAAUUUUUAUCAAGAGUAAGUGAAAAUGAAACUGGCACACCAGUGGAAUCAGGCAGUGAUCCAAUACAUGAUCAAUUAUUUUACAUGGAUCAAUCAUUAUUAGAUCGUUUAUAUGAUUGUAUGGGCAUUCAACCAUGUACGAUUGUACAAUUUCAUGGUGAUGCUGUAUUCAUUCCAGCUGGUGCUGCUCAUCAGCAAAGGUUAGAUCGUACUAUUUUUUUAAAAGGUGUACUUUGUAUAUUUCACUUCUACAGUUCCCCGCGAUGUUAUGGUUUAUAA